UUACAAAAACGCUCAAGGCUGCGAUGGCGACCCCAGUUUCCACCGGCUCGCAGCGCAAGUUUGGCCCGAAAUGGGAACUCAAGUACGCGGUGGCUGUGACGGAGCGCGACCAGCUGACACAGCUGCCUACGAAGGCUGUGUGCCUGAUGUGUCAGGCCUUCGAGCGUGAGGAGGCUGUGGGUGCCAAGCGCAAGAAGACCAGCCGCGUGCGCAGCUUCUCGGCGCCCUGGCGGCCUGACAAUAUGAAGCGCCACAUGGAGCAGCAGCACCCGAUGCGCUGGGAAGAGUAUCAGAAACUUCCGGACGGCGAGAAGCGCGCUUAUUUCUCUUCUCGUGAAGAUAUGGUCAUGCCCGGAGGAGAUGUGGCGGUGUCUCCAAUGGUUAGUGAACCGACGCCUAGUGCUGAAGCCUACACUCUCGCUGCUCAAUAUAGAGCCUUCCUGAUCGACAAAGACAUCGUUGAGGAACUCAUUGCUGGUGUUUUAUUCAAGACAACCAACGACGAAUACCAGAACGCGUGGAAUGUACCACUGACAUUCUCUUUGCUAGAGGAAGCCAGUACGGGGCUGAACAAUGCAGACGUUGAUGUGAAUGAGUCGCGUUAUGUUGCGCGAGUGGAAUCUUUGCUAAAUUUUAACAUGUGCUUGAAGUACGUGGCCAUGGGCAUCUCGUUCAGCCAAGUUGUUCCGCUUUUCCAAAAGACGACCGAGGAGACAGGAAUGGAUAUGAGUUUGAGUGGAUCCGCAUUCACGGAGCAACAGCUGGCGUGUUUGUGUCGUGUGGUGUGUGCUGUCAACUUUCAGACGCUCAAGGAUGCGCUGCGUCGUGUUUGGGCGUUUACUAUCGCGCUUGAAAAGGGAAAUGGCGCAGGUUCGCCUUAUCUGGACGUUCGUGUACGCUUUGAACGCGACGGCCGCGUGUUUGAUUUCCAUUUGAUUUCCGUUCCUAUUCGGGAGGAUUCGCCUCAAAUUACCCAACAUCAAGGCGAACUUAUCGUCAAGUGUUUAGAUGUUGUGGCGCCUGGAUGGAAGUCGCAACUAAUUGGAGUCUCAACUUCCGACUCGUUCUCGAAAAUGCCUUCUUGCGCACGAGUUUUAGUGAACCGUUUGGCGCAAAGUUGCGUAGCCUCAAUUUACUGUGAAUGGGGUCUGGUGUUGCAACUGGAACAGGCAAUUCAGGAAUCUUUCAACGGGUUAUGCAACCAGCGGUUCAUGUCUGGUUUAACUGUACUAGUUGGACAUUUUCGUCGACAACGGGUGUUGAUUCGUGAGAUGAAUGGAGAUUUGUGUCCCAAAUUUGAAGAUGGCCAGUGGCGAUCAAUAACAAAUGUACUGGAGUGGUUUGUUUCGAAUCGCGCACGCCUCGUUAAAUGUGUUCAGGAUACACAACCAACCGGUGCACCUGGAAAGGAGUGGUGGAUCACAGUUCUUGCUGUGAAUAGUAUCAUGGAACGUGUGGACGGUGCGCUCACGAUGCUUCGUGGACCUUCUGCUGCAUUGCGAUCAGCUCGGCGUGCAUACGUUGCUAAGCUUGUGACGGAUCUCGCUGUGAUGACUGGUGCUCUUGGGCCUUUGGCUGUGUCGCAGCAGGCUACAGAUACUUUUGAGUUUGGGGAUUUCUCUGUAAGUAGAGAAGCGACUCUUUCGUUUCUAAAAGAACAAGGCAGCUUUGUGAUAAACGCGGUGAACGAAUUGGAGGUGGACUUCCCGGCUUGUUGUCAAGCAGCUGUGGAAUCUACAGCAAACUUCGCCGUGUCCGUCAUAGCUAGAGCGCAUCAGAUUAUGCUGGAGGGCGACGAGAAUGGCAACAUCACAGCGGCUCCAAGCGCUGCCAUGCCCCCGUUCCUCCCUCAAACUUUGUGUAAGACGCGAAACCAAGUCUUUGCCACGCAUUUGCAGUCACAACGGGUGCGUUUGCUGCAACACUUCUCGGCUGAUCAGAUCGAACUGAUUGAAGACCAGCAUCGAAUGCUACGCACAUCGUACCAGCUUGACGAACACGUGAGCCAACAAAUAAAUGCGCUACCAGCAACCUGUUCAUUUACUGAGGCAUGGAAAGACGCUCGCUUUGGAGGAAAUGACUGCAAACUUCUUCGCGAGUUCUGCGGAGCGAUUGCAUGCGCAGCUACAGACCCAGUGGUGCUGAAAAACACAACCGAAGCCGACUUUUUGCUGAUCAAUUGGCGAAGGAGCCCCUUCGGUCUCUCGCUUGUGGAUUUCUCGUUAGAAGCAGUACUGCAUGCCCAACAGUAUCGUGCUCUGUCUCGCUUACGAGAGUGCUGAAGAGUUUUGAGUAAUAAUACAAUUAUGAAACAACAGUUGGUUGCCCAUUUCCUAGCUUGUACAGACGAUAAGUAGUGUGAUAAUAGUAGCGAGGAAGGCAAGCGAGCAUAUUGUGG